AUGAAGAACGCAUUUUCUAUCGCCACCUUACUAGCUUUGGCUAGCAAUGCUCUUGCCAGCCCAUUCCCAGCGGCUACUCCUACAAUCACCUCCGCUAUUGGUACUGCUGUCGGCGGUGCCGCGAGUAUCAAAACCCAAGAAGCAGUCCUGGUUGAGGACCCGCCCGAGUACCUAACCAUUGUGAUUAUCAACAGCCACGGGGAUGAUAUUACCACGUCUUUGAGUAACGCCAAUACUGCGGCUACUCCGGUCUCCGGUGCCACAGGUACCGGAACAAUGUCCAACCAUGAAACUGCCUCUGUCGUCGUGCCGACUGGCUGGAUUGGAAGCUGGGCUAUUAACGAUGCGCUGUAUGAGAUUACCGGCGAUGACAGCUUGCUCGAGGCCAACUUUGUUGUUGAAACUGGUGGAACUGUGGCUACUGUUGAUGUUGACGUGAGCUAUGUUGACGGUUUCUCUGUUGCUAUCGUCUGCUCCUGCGAUGGCACUAUCGUUACUGGUUGCAACAAGAACCUUUUUGAAUUGAACACCUGUGAAGACAAUGACGGCGAAAACGCCUGUGUCAACCCCCUUCGCAGCGACUUGUCCGCUACAAAUGCCACCACAUUCUUCGCUCCUUGCCAGGGAGCAGCUUACACCUUCCCAUUCGAUAGCGCUGCCGACAGUACGGGCCAGUGCCAGAAUGGUGUGAUCAAAUGCUGUGUUGGCGCUGCCUGUCCGGCAAACCCUAACCAGCCCUCCGACUAA